AUGUCUCUUCGGUUUGUUCGUGCUUUUUCCCACGCCAACGUCUUGAGAGCCAACUACGGCUUCAUUGGUCUCGGCCAGAUGGGCCAGCACAUGGCUAGACACAUUUACGCCCAGUUGGAGCCUCUGGACAAGUUGUAUGUUUAUGACACGGUGCCUGAAGCUACCAAGGCGUUUGUGGAGAAUGUCACGUCGCAGAAGCCCGAGGCAAAACUGCAGCUCCAGACGCUUGAUCUGAUUCCAAAGUUUGUCACUGACGUGGACGCCCAGUUGGACUUUAUUGUGUCUAUGGUGCCUGAGGGUAAACACGUCAAGGGCGUGGUUUCUGAGCUCGUGGACACGUAUAAGGCCCACCCACAGAACGCUCUGACCACGUUCUUGGACUCUUCCACUAUCGACAUUCCUACAUCUGUGGAGGUGCACGAAUUGGUCAAGAAGGAGCUUCCUUCGUUUGAUUUCAUCGAUACCCCUGUUUCCGGCGGUGUCGCUGGUGCCCGUAAAGGUACCUUGUCGUUUAUGCUUUCCAGAGCUGAGCACAACGACGUGGCUCCAGAUCUCGUUAAGUUGUUGAACAUGAUGGGCUCCAAUAUCUUCCCAUGCGGCUCGCGUCAUGGUGCCGGUUUGGCUGCUAAAUUGUCCAACAACUACUUGUUGGCUGUCACCAACUUGGCUGUGGCUGACUCUUUCCAGUUGGCCAAGGCUUUCGACUUGAACUUGCAACACUACGCUAAACUUGUGGCUGUUUCCACCGGUAAGUCCUGGGCUUCUGUCGACAACUGUCCAAUCCCAGGUGUCUACCCAGAGAACAGUUUGCCUGCUGAUGUUGGCUACGAGGGUGGUUUCAUCACUAAGUUGACCAAGAAGGACUUGGUUUUGGCUACUGACUGUGCUUCUCAAUACGACCGUGCCUUGUUCUUGGGUGACAUUUCCAAGAAGUGGUACUUGAAGGCCUGUGAACGUGAGGACUUGGGUUCUCGUGAUUUGGCUGUGUUGUACGAGUGGCUCGGUGAGCUUAAGAAGGAGAGCGGCGAGUACGUGGAUAACAAGACUUCUGAGAAGUUCAACAUCUAA